AUGUCAUUCAAUGAUAGUUUCAUUGCUAUGGGCACUAUUAAUGGACCAGCUGUGGCAACAGUCCUUGCCAUUGAAGGAUUGAUUGGUUUUAUAGCCAAUAUCAUUGUAUUGGGCAUUACUAUUUAUCGAAAGAAGUCGUGGAAACAAUCAUCAACAAUAAUCUUCACUUCAAUCAUACUGGCCCAUUUGAUAAUGAUCAUCAUGUUCCUACCAUUGUUUGUCAUAGCAAUAGGAGCAGAGGAGUGGAUCUUUGGGUCUGACGACAUGCAAAAGAGACAAAUGUGUCUGUUUCUAAACUUUGUUGAGUGGACCAUGAAACUUCUCAUACAAAUUAUGAUUGCAGAAGUAUCAUUUGAUCGGUUCCUCUUUCUUUACAAACCCCAUCAUCAUAAGAAGUACAUGAGAUGGUGGGUGACACUCACCCUAACCACUGUGCUCUGGAUAGUAGCAAUAAUACUUAAUGUGCUUCCAUUGUUUGUAGAUGAUAAUGAUUUCAGCUACAUCUUCACUUACAGGCCAUGCAUUCCUAGAAGGCAAGUCUCGAGCUAUUACUUUUUAGUUGAUCUUGCAUCAUACAUACUCAUUUAUGUCUUCAUAUUCAUAACAUCAGUUUGGACGCUCUGCUUCACGUACAGGUUCAUACAUAAUCUCUCUGAAGUAGCAGGAGAGAGUGUUUACGCUUCGAAAAAGAAGAGGCUAUUUGGGAUAUUUGGAUCAAUGUUACUCGCAUAUUUCAUAGGCUUUGCUCCAUUUACUAUUGCUAUAAUAAUUAGAAGUUUCUAUGGUGUACCAAUUGAAGUUUUUGCUACAACAGAAGUCACUUUUCAGAUGACUCAUAUUGCCACUCCCCUCAUUCAGUCAUACUUCAGGCCUGAGAUUACUAAUACGCUGAUUUCUUUCAAAGCCUUUCUCCGGCAAAAAAUACAUUCUGCAAGAUACGAUGUUCGUAAUCCAGAAAUAUAG